ACUUUCACCGUAAAAUCGAAGCAUGAUCCUAGCAAUUUGGCUUAUACGGAUAAAGGUCUAGCUUUGCAUACUGAUCUACCAUUCUUCGACUUAGUUCCUGGGAUUCAGUUCCUUCACUGCAUCAAGCAAGCUGCUGGUGGAGGAGGUGAAAAUCAAUUCGUUGAUGGCUUCAAUGUUGCUGAAGUGUUAAGGAAAGAAAAUCCAUACUAUUUUGACCUACUUACACAACAUGCAUUUGUUUACUUCGAUAUCGGAAAAGAUUAUGUCGAAUAUAACCAACUCAAUCAUCACCCUCUUAUAACAUUAAAUGGCCGUAAUGAAGUCAUUCGUUUCGUGCACAAUAAUCAUACGAGAAGUUCCAUACUGGAUGUACCUGAAGAUAAAGUAACUGAUAUCUAUCAAGCAUUCCACGCAAUUAUACAAAUUAUGUAUGACCCAAGUAAUUUAGUUACUAACAGGAUGGAAUCUGGAGAGAUGAUAGUAUUUGAUAAUUGGCGAGUUUUACAUGGCAGAUCUGCUUUUCAG